GGGUAACAUAAGGUAACCCUGGGCGCUAGGCCCAGGUCACCCAACGGGUGACAAGUUAGGCGGGCACUAGGCCCGUGGGUGAAGUCAGGCCUCCGGCCUGUGUGCAGUCAGGGGGCACUAGGCCCAGGGAAUAAGUUCCCCCGAGGUGAAUAAAGGUGGCACUGGGCGCUAGGCCCAGGCCACCCUGAGGUAUUUAGGUAGGCAGGCCUGAGGCCCACAUAAGGGAAGGUACAGGAGGUGGGUAGGCUGUGUGGCGCUCACCCUCCAGAGUGCAGGUAGGGAUCUAAAGGAACCGCACCGUUUGAUGUUGUACUCUGAUAUGUAUGUGUGUUACCGUGCAGGGCAAAGUGUUGUUUAGAGUUUGUGCAUAGUUUGUGUUGCACCACCCACACUUGAGCCGGUUUGAGGGCUUUGUUUAUGUAGUUAGUGUAGCGGAUGCACACUAGGUUAGAGUGAGGCCCUGCACGGCUGUUUCUCUCUUUGCCUCCUUACAGGGACCUGUAAGUGGAGAAGAUCGGAGUACAAGACGUAGGACGGUGAGUAACAUCGGUCUGUGGGUUCCUUCUGUGUGUGUCCCUAUCUGUCUCCCUUCCUUCAGGGCGUACGGUGAGCCUUGCACGCCGGUGCAAGGUAGAAUUUCCACCUGGUGCGAGAGUGCCAAUAGGUGAAAUUCGGGCUCUGAGGCGGACGCCUGGGAUGACCCUCACCUAGCCCGAAAGCGCUAUUUAUCUCGGGGUCGGAGGGCGUUUCAGUCCACAGUUAGGAGGACGGCACUUAGCAAUCUCCUUCCUCCUAGGUCGUCGUGUCCGGAUCCGACGGAAGAUUUGCCAGGUCCGUUGAAGGUUCCGGUACCUGAAGGUGAGAGAGAGCGGCGCCUGGUGAGUACCGAAACUACACCUGCACGGCAGCAGGCACCACCACACGCGCAGCCGCACCUCUUACAUUGUGGCGUAGUCGGCAGGAUCAAGGAUACCGGAUCACGGACACGAUGUGGAACGCCACCAAGAAGACCUCCCUGCGGAUGGCUCCGGAACAGACCCACCCACGGACGCGUGCGGACCAGAGCGACUGGGUGACGGUGUCUGGGGCAGACCUCCUGAAGAUGGUGCAGCGGUCGGUCCAGCGUGAAAAGGAAGGGCGCCGGGAGAAGGGGCGCAAGAAGGCCGCGGUGACGCCCUGCAAGAAAUGUCGGCAAACGGGGCACUUUGCCGACAAGUGUACUUGGCGAGAGACGUCCCCAAAGAAGGUGGUCCAGGAAGCGGACCGAAGACGUCAGAAGGGCCAACCGAAGGAGUCCUGGUGUUUGCUCUGUGGAAACUACGGGCAUGCGCAUAACAGUUGUCCCUGGGACGAAGAGUUGAGCCAAGACGAGGUUGAUUCCUGGUGUGAAAGCUGUGGAGAUCCCCGACAUCGGCUCCUGGAAUGUCCAUGGACUGAAGACAGGACGGACUACGAGGCCACGGUGAAGCAGAUGACUGAGUCUCGUCAGCAACUUUGGAACCGGGUGGCUGCAGAGCCCGUGUGUGCGCUCUGUGAGGCGAGAGGACAUGCGCUUCCCGAUUGUCCGUGGAAUGAAGACCGGAUGAUUGCGGAUGGUCGCGCCCAGAGAUGGGAGGAGGAAACCAGGGAAAUGGAGCGGAAGACCCUGCUUGAAGGUAGUUCGCAGGUGCCCAUUUCCUCUGAGCCGGAACCAACGGGUGAAGAUUCCCCAGUGAAGGAGGUGGACCAGGAACCCGUCUUGGAGAAGUUGGCAGUGGCCCUCCCUUGUUGGAAGUGUCGGCGACCAGGACAUGCGGCCAGUGAGUGCCCCUGGGAAGAUGCCGCGGACCUACUUUGUCCCAAGAGAGUGACCCCAGUAAGGCAGAAUCCUUUCCCGCAUAAGGCGGAGGUGGACGACUGGGAGGUGAAGAGACCACGCUGCGAAGAAAAGCGUGAAGACCCAGUGACUGAGACGUCCGGAAUCUCCCCGCGAUGGAACCGUCCACGCCCAGGACGUGCAGAACAGGUGUGUCCUGGGUACCUAGAGAUGCCAGCGGAAGAGGAGUACGCUGAGGAAGUAAAGAUGCCAGCGGAAGCGAAGGAGUACGCUGAGGAAGCAGAGGUACCAGCGGAAGAGACUAAGUACGCUGAGGAGGAAAAUGAUACCCCAGUCCAGAUUUUGGAGGAGGACUCGGACUACGGUGAGCUGUCCGCCGACGAAUCCCUCCAAGAACAGAUGGAGGACGACUCUGGCAUCGGAAGCGCCGACGAGAGUGACUGGCAGGAUCGGGUGGAGUCGUGCUCCCAGUUGAAUGCCCUCCGGGAAGAGGAGGAGAUAGUCCUGGAGCAAGAAUACCUGCCGGAAGUGCCGAAAUGGACGGACGUACGGGGAGAGGAUCGUGAUGCCGUGGGAGGACCCGUUCCAGAGGAAGACAUGGGACCUUUGGAGAUGCCCCACGAGGAGAUGCGACAGAUGGUGGUUGUUGCCCGGGAGGAAACGGAUGCCCCGGAGGAUUCCACUGUUGGGUGGUGGUCGGUACCACCCCCUGAAGACAGGGACGAUGCCACAGACUAUCUGAAAGGCCAGGAGUGGGUGACUGUUAUCCCCGUGGAGGAAGAGUCCCCUUGGUGGCCAACGUCGAGCGACCGUGAGGAGAUGCCACUCCCCCAGAGGAUCUGCCGAUGGAGGUCAGGAGGUAAGAAGAGGAACCCGGAGCUAGAGGGGGAAGGAGGUGGGGUCACAGCCCGUCCGGGCUGGGCCCUCGGACACAACCUCGCCGGAGGGACCUCGGAAUUCCCUGACCCGCGGACGAUGGACGUCGUGGAGACCUUUGUAGGGACUACAAAGGAAAAAGGGGGGGAAAUGUGGGAAUGUGUCCUGUUUUACAGGACACAUUCCAGCUGCAGCAGCCAGGGCGCCUGUGUCCCCUGCGGGACAAUGUCUCUGACAGCGCUGGGACAGCUUGUCUGUCCCCAGCGCCUGUCAGUGUGUGGCGGCGGCGGGUGUCCGGUGCAGGGAUUACCCUUUUCCCUGCACCGGACCAGAGGCUGCAGGGGCAUUUGAAUGUUGGCGCCCUCCGGGAGCCAAUCGCGGCUCCCGGAGCGGCAGCCAAUCUGAGAGGGGCGCGGCGAGCCAAUCGGCGCUCGCCGCGUCAUAGGCCCCGCCCCCGGCAUCUGACAUCAGACGCCGGGCGGGAGCCUGAAGAUAGGUCCGCGCGCGGGGGCGCGAAGUCAGAAGACGCCGCCGGGCGGGAGCAGCGGAGAAGGUCGUCGUCGCGCCGGAGCGCAGAAGAUAGUCCGGCGCGGAGGAGAAGACGACGGCCGUGGGAAGAAGAGCUCCGGUGGCCGCUGAAGAGGCCGGAAGACGUCGGGCUCCUGGAAGAAGAUGUCCAGCGGCGAGGAGACGGCGAGUUCAUCCAGGCCGAGAAGCGCUGCAGUGGUGGGAAGCAAUUGAGCUGUGCAGUUCCCCACUGCAGCCUUCUCCACCGCAGGUAGGCCCUUCUAAGGUGCCCCCUUCUCUCCUCCCUAGACCACCGGGUGUUCGGGCAUUAGGCCUGUGGGCACAGUCAGGCCCUCCCGGCCUGUGGGCACGUAGUCGAGCCCUCCCGGCCCGUGGUGCAUUUAGUCGGGUCCUCCAGGCCUGUGGCCACGAGUAGCCGGGGAACCCCCCCGGCCCGGAUAGGCAGGCACUAGGCCUGGGGCACAGUUGGGCACUAGGCCCUUAGGAAUAGUCAGGCCACAGGCCUGUGGGACGGUUAGGCGGGCAUUAGGCCCGAGGGGCAUAUCAGGCAAUAGGCCUGUGGGGCAUUAGAGGGCAUUAGGCCCUAGUGUAUUCUGGCCGAAUAGGGUAACAUAAGGUGACCCUGGGCGCUAGGCCCAGGUCACCCAACGGGUGACAAGUUAGGCGGGCACUAGGCCCGUGGGUGAAGUCAGGCCUCCGGCCUGUGUGCAGUCAGGGGGCGCUAGGCCCAGGGAAUAAGUUCCCCUGAGGUGAAUAAAGGUGGCACUGGGCGCUAGGCCCAGGCCACCCUGAGGUAUUUAGGUAGGCAGGCCUGAGGCCCACAUAAGGGAAGGUACAGGAGGUGGGUAGGCUGUGUGGCGCUCACCCUCCAGAGUGCAGGUAGGGAUCUAAAGGAACCGCACCAUUUGAUGUUGUACUCUGAUAUGUAUGUGUGUUACCGUGCAGGGCAAAGUGUUGUUUAGAGUUUGUGCAUAGUUUGUGUUGCACCACCCACACUUGAGCCGGUUUGAGGGCUUUGUUUAUGUAGUUAGUGUAGCGGAUGCACACUAGGUUAGAGUGAGGCCCUGCACGGCUGUUUCUCUCUUUGCCUCCUUACAGGGACCUGUAAGUGGAGAAGAUCGGAGUACAAGACGUAGGACGGUGAGUAACAUCGGUCUGUGGGUUCCUUCUGUGUGUGUCCCUAUCUGUCUCCCUUCCUUCAGGGCGUAAGGUGAGCCUUGCACGCAGGUGCAAGGUAGAAUUUCCACCUGGUGCUAGAGUGCCAAUAGGUGAAAUUCGGGCUCUGAGGCGGACGCCUGGGAUGACCCUCACCUAGCCCGAAAGCGCUAUUUAUCUCGGGGUCGGAGGGCGUUUCGGUCCACAGUUAGGAGGACGGCACUCAGCAAUCUCCUUCCUCCUAGGUCGUCGUGUCCGAAUCCGACGGAAGAUUUGCCAGGUCCGUUGAAGGUUCCGGUACCUGAAGGUGAGAGAGAGCGGCGCCUGGUGAGUACCGAAACUACACCUGCACGGCAGCAGGCACCACCACAAGCGCAGCCGCACCUCUUACAGUGGUAUGCCACUCCAGGUGAAUAUCGCACAAUUGCUUGCCUAUUUGGUGUGGGGAUAUCUACCGUUUGCACCAUUGUACAUGAGGUGACCAGAGCAUUGGUGGACAACCUAUACCACAGAUUUAUUUUUCUUCCGCAUGGCCAGCGUUUGGAUAAAACAAUUAAGGGAUUUGUGGAGUCUGGAUAUCUGCAGUGUGCAGGUGCAAUUUAUGGUACCCACAUCCCUAUAAUCGCACCUUAUGAUAAUCCUGCCGAUGACUACAACAGAAAGGGAUGGCAUUCCAUUGUUUUGCAAGCUGUGGUGGAUCAUAAGUAUUGGUAAUGUUCUUGUCAGUGUGUUUUCUUAAUGCUAAUUGUUUAUAAUUAAUUUACAACUUAAUAUAUAUUUUUAUAUUCGCUUCACAGACGUAUUCAUCGGUUGGCCGGGACGGUCACAUGACGCUCGAGUGCUUGCUAACUCUGAUCUGUAACGGCUAGCAGAGGACAAGCAAGGGGGCUACCUUUUUCCAAGAGAGAAUUCCAAAUUUGUGGACGGAGUGGAGAUCCCGGUACACAUAAUUGGUGAUGCCGCCUACCCGUUACGACGAUGGCUCAUGAAGGGGUUCACCCAACAUGUCCAGCUGAGCCCCAUUCAAAUUACAUAUACGCACACCCUGAGCUCAGCAAGAAUGGUGGUCGAAAAUGCCUUUGGACGAUUAAAAGGACGUUGGCGCUGUCUUAUGAAGCGCAAUGAAGUAGACCUUAAUAUCAUGCCUAACAUUGUUGCAGCAUGUUGUAUUCUGCAUAACCUAUGUGAGUUUCAGAGGGAGGAAUUCCUACCAGAGUGGACAGUGCAGGCCUCUGCUGCGUAACCUGCAAUUGAUUGUGAGGCCUAUCUGGGCGACCUUUCUGGAAGUGCAGAACAGAUGAGGUCUGCUAUAAUGGCCAACCUUCACUCAUUACUCCGUUAAUUUUUUUCAGUUUGUAUAUUCAGUUAAUUGUUGUUGCUACAAAAAAUAAACCUGUUUAGUUGACGUUC